GGCAAUUAUUUUAUUUUUGUUUGAUGUCAAAAUUGAAGUCCAAAUUUUUUGUUUGUUUAAAAAUAUACAUAUAAAAAGUUAAUCAUGGGUGGAGAUCCUAAUUUAUCUGAUAUGAAAGCAACAUAUUACCCGCCUUCCAUUCAACCAGCUUUUAUGGGUGCUCAUCCACCUAUUAAAAAUGGAUACGGGAGUCUUUCGGAAUCUGCCAAUAUUAGUUACUUUCAAAACUAUCGAAAUGAAAAUCUUAGCAAAUUUCAAAUGCCCCCAUAUGAAUGGGGUUUGACAAAAACACCUUAUAGUCCUCGACCUGAUAUAGCUGUGGGUGGUAAAAGUACAAAUUGGGCGAAAAUGUUAAAUAUGCCCCCUUCGCCAGUCACAGUGGUCAAUUUAGGUAGACAGCAGGAAAUAAACGAUUUUUAUAAGCUAACGCAGUUACAUAGGGAUCAAUAUAAAGAUCAUACCGGAAGAUUACAUCCGUACGAUUACUUUAGAACGGCAGACUUUAGGUACCAAUGCCCAUCCGACCCCACAACAAGGUACUUGAAAUCUCCGCAAUAUUAUGUUAAAUACAAAGAUCCUGCAGUGUUACCACUGACACUGGAAAGAAGCUUCAGGGCCCCACCCUUGCCGGCCAGAGCACUCACUGGUAGAUUUGCACCAAGUAGUGAUAUAAGUUAUAAAAGAUAAUUUAAUGCAAGAUAUGCAAAUUAUGUCUAUUUUUGUACCUAAUUGUGAUUUUUAUUUAUAUGUGGUACUGUUGGUUUGUAAGUAAUUUUUAAUAUUUGGAUGUAAACGUCUCUUUUGUG